ACAACAACUUACUGCCCGCCUGUAGAAAAUCAUAUUAUAGUAUAGUUACCUACCUAUAAUAGUUUAAACGUUUUAAUUUUUGUGAAUUGUGGAAAAGAAGCCGAACAACUUGUGUGUUUAAACAUGACUCGUGCGAAAACAUUUCAAAAAAUUGUACAAGAACAAUUUUUCACUUUCGUCAACAUGGCCAAAAAUAAAAAUGAUUCUGAAGAAAUGAAUGUUUCAAAGCCAACCAUAUCAGUUGCCUUAACUAUGAUUUCUAUUCCAUUGUCAAUGAUCUUAUGGAUUAGCAAUAUUUUGUUCCGAAAAUUUUAUGGCGAUAAUGUAAAUGAACUAGAUGAAGGACUUCCACCUCUCCGGUGGUUUAUAUCCACUUUCAUUCCACUAUUUAUUGCUGUAUGGGGUUACACCAAACGUAGUUUAAACCUAAGUGGAGCACUAUUAGGUGUAAUUGUUGGUUUUGUAUUGACAUUAAGCAGCUAUGGAUUUCUGGCUUGUUUGCUAACAUUUUUCGUUACAUCUUCCAGAGCGACAAAAUUUCGGAGCAAAACUAAAAAACAAUUGGAACCUGACUUUAAAGAAGGUGGUCAAAGAAACUGGAUACAGGUGUUGUGUAAUGGAGGUAUGGCUACUCAACUUGCGCUCUUGUACAUUUUAGAUGUCGGAUGUGGUGAACUACCUGUUGAUUUCAAACGCUAUUAUCGGCCUUCUUGGUUAUCCAUUGGCAUUCUUGGUGCUUUUUCCAGUUGUAAUGGUGAUACUUGGGCCUCAGAAUUAGCAACAGUCUUGGACACAGGCUUGCCCCUAUUGAUAACAACUGGUAAACCAGUUCCCAAAGGUACAAAUGGUGGAGUUUCGGUCAUUGGAUUGGUUGUCAGUCUACUGGGUGGCAUGGCUGUCGGAUUAGCAAAUUAUGCAAUGCUUAUCUAUACAAUCGACGCCGACAUGUUGGCCAGAAGUCCCGCACAGUGGCCAAUAAUUGUAGCUGGAGGUUUUGCCGGGCUAGUUGGCAGCGUUGUUGAUUCAGUAUUAGGUGCCACCUUACAAUACAGUGGUUUUAAUCGAAAAACAGGAGCAAUAGUGGAACACCCUGGCAAAGACGUUGUUCACAUAUCGGGGAGAAGAAUAUUGGAUAAUCACAGUGUCAACUUGAUAUCAAGUGUAAUCAUGGGAAUUGUGACUCCAAAAAUUGCGUACUUAGUUUGGCCAUAAACAUAAAAAAAAAUAUGGUCACUUGAGACUUUUAUUUAAUGUGACUAUUUAUUCCAUUCUAAUAGCUAGGUCUAAACUUUUGUUGGAUUUGUAUUUUGUUUUAUUUUCGUUAGAGUUGGAGUUAGACUGACUGAAAUAUUUUGUUGUAAAUAUUAUAUUGCAAUUUUUAUAUACAUAUACUUUUUUAUAUAUACUUCAAUUAUUUUUUUUUAGUAUUUUUUCUUUUUAUCCGUAAAAUGUAUAUUUUGUUUGAUUGUUAAAUUAUUGUAUAAUUAUUUUUAUCAUUUAUUUAAUUUGAAUUAAUGCAAAACAUGGUUAAGGUUAACACAUACAUAUCAAUCCCUCAAAUAAGUUGUUACUUAAUUAUUACAACAUUUAAAAAUAUACUCGUAUAAUAUUACAUGUA